ACACUGUUCAGGGGCUCAGGCUCAAAGCCUGUGAAAGCUCAACAGAAGGAAAUGCAGACAAAGACAAGACUUCCUCAUCUUGUCAAGGCAAUGGGAUAUAUAAAUAACAGAAACCAGUGAGGCAAUAGAGCAAAACGAUCAGAAUAAAUUUACAUGGAGAAGCAGCCGUGACCAUUUAAGGAAAGUGAUGGGGACGUCACAGCUCGUCAGGCACUAUUUUUAGAAAUUCCCUAAAUAUGAAAUGAAAUGCAAUUUCUUUAGCCUAGGAUGACGAGGAGACGAUUUCCCAUGCAGCAGGAAGCGCGUCAGGUCUCGCGCCGUCUGCCUGGAGACCUUGGAAGGAUCUUGCGUUACGUCGGACGAUGCUUUGAUGCAUCGCAGGCGUUUCACUUUCGAAAACCGAAUAAAAUAUCCAGCAUAAAUGUGGCGCCAUUACACAUUGCUCAGCCUUUACCUGCACGAGUUCCACAGUCCACGUUGAUAUUUUAUUCAAGCCUGUGCAAACCUGAGAAAAAGAAUAUUCAGUCCUCAAAGUAAUUCCACAUUCAAAUCAUGUCCGUGUCAUAGAAUGAAUGACUCCUUUUCCUCCAUUGCAUCAGCAGUUCUCUUAGCAACUGCUCUUUUUACCCAGAGUCGCGAGUAUGCCUGCUGAGAUUGAGCGCGAGUUAGAAUUUUUACGUCACCUGUUAUGAAACAAAACAUGCGAAACAGACUCAAGGACUGAAACUGCGACAGUUUAGCCGGAGACAUCCGUGCUGUCUGGGUGGGAAGGAUGGCAUACAGUACUCUGUCUCUCUCUUUGCAGUCCAUUAAAGCACCUCCUGUGUCUGUGAGCUCAUGUAUGCAGAAGAGGGUGGAUAGUGCUUUCCUACGAGUGUGUAACUCCGCUCUGUGACCCUCCCCAUUUGGUAGCGCUCAUGCAACGGGGACAAAAUGGUAUUCACGGACAGAAUAUAUCAGCUGAAUGAAGUGACUAAAAUAUUUUCCGACAACUUUUUUUGAUAAAAAAUUCUCCGAUAUGAUAUCUCCAUUUCCAUGUCUUUCUAUUUGUUUUAUCGGAACCAUAAGUACUCAUGGUUAUUCAAUAACUCUUGGGAGUGUAGUGUGUGGUGUUGUCAUGUAUUGUGAUUCUCAUAACUGCUUAUUUUAACACAAUACCUCAUCAGAUUUCAGUUGUUAUGUGAUUGCUCAAAGGUAAUGUGAAAUUUAUACAGCGCCGUAUGACUGUGUGAGAUGUAUCAAGUGCAUUAUUGUUAUAACUGGGUUACUGAACACUCAGCAUAAAUGACCUAUAUACUAUAGACAUCUCUCUCUCUCUCUCUGUCUCUCGCUCGGUCUCCCUUUUGCGGACCCACAGGAGUCUCCACCACCCCAACAUCCUGCAGUGUUUGGGUCAGUGCAGUGAGAGUAUUCCUUAUCUGCUGGUGAUGGAGUUCUGCCAGCUGGGCGAUCUCAAGCGUUAUCUGAGAGCUCAGAGGAAGUCGGACGGUAUGACCCCUGACCUUUUGAACCGCGACCUUUUGACCUUGCAGCGAAUGGCAUAUGAGAUUACAUCAGGUCUUUUACACCUCCAUGAGAACAACUACAUACACAGCGAUCUGGCGCUGAGGAACUGCCUGCUUACGUCAGACCUGACGGUCCGGAUUGGAGACUACGGCCUUUCGCACAACCACUAUAAGGAGGACUAUUAUUUAACGCCGGACAAGCUGUGGAUUCCUCUGCGUUGGAUUGCUCCAGAGCUGUUGGAGGAGUUUCGAGGAGAAUUAGUGGUUACAGACCAGACUAAGACCAGUAACGUGUGGUCCUUAGGCGUGGUGAUUUGGGAGCUGUUUGAAUUCGGUACACAGCCACAUCGCCACUUAAGUGAUGAAGAAGUUCUCACUUUUGUCAUUAAGGAGAGACAGAUUACGUUGGCUCAGCCCCGCCUUAAACUCUCCCACGCCGACUAUUGGUACGAGGUCAUGCAGUCUUGCUGGCUUCCAGCUCCCCAGCGUCCAACAGUCAACGAAGUCUUCAUCCUCCUUUCCUCUCUCCUGGCUGCAGAACAAGGAACGAGCAGGAGGAGCGCCGCAGAGGAUGAGGACGAAGACGAGUACGAGGAAGCACACGGCCGACGGAGGAGAGGAGAAAGCGAAGAGUCGUUCGAAAGGCGAUGGGACUCCCUUCGCCCCAGUGCUUUCCAGUCAGCUGCAGGCGAACGACAGAAAGACCGAGGAUACAGCAGGGAGGAUGGUAACUCCUUCCCUCUUCUGGAUCCCGUGAAUUCGAUCCCUCCUUCAUCGCAUGAGCUUGACGACAUCCUGACAGUCACCGAGACGAGCAAAGGAUUGAAUUUUGAAUAUUUUUGGGAAAAAGCACAUGGUAGGCGGGGUUAUAAACCGCUUCCUCCUCCUCAGCCAAUACCAACACCCAUCUCCAGUCAUCGGCAGUCUUUGGACACGCCCACAGUCGUGCCUGUGAUUAGCGCGCGUAGCCCUUCGUUAGCCAGCGAGUACUACAUUCGCUUGGAGGAACACACUCCACAGGACAAAUCCACUAAUAUUAAAGGGAAGUCAUCCUCGUCACGAACAGAUUCGACCAGUCCUGGUGAUUUAGAGUUAGUAGAAAUUCCUAGUGGUACGUUCGGAAAAGGAAAGCCGACUUACCAAAACAACUUUGGACAAGGUGCCUCUCAGAUACUCCAGACUGUAAGGUCCAGUGAAGUCCAAGUCCUCGUGCCGAACACGGGUCUGGUUGAGUUCAGCAAAGAAAAUUGUAACAGAGUGACCGAUUAUGCAGUCGUGGAUAUCGGAGACGUAAAAAGAGACCCAAACCUGAGACGCUCUGGAUCUGUAACUUCCCAAGUACCAAUCCUCCCACCAAAACCUCGCUCAAUGUCCAUGUCUUCAGGCAGCAAUCUCCUCUCUCGGCCCCUACCUGUUCCUCCACCAAUAUACGCCCGCUCGUACGGCCUCGGUCACUACCCUGUCCCCUCUUAUCCCCUGAGCAAAUCAGAGACGUCAGAUUCCUUGUUUAUGAGCAGCUGUUCAACCUCAAAAGCCAACUUUGAUCAUCUGGGUUUCAAUCGGACACACCAGAGGCUGCCUCCAUCUCCGUCCCAUUCUCCAUCCAUCCCGCCAUCCUCCGCCGGACACUCCGCAUGUCCUCCACCUCAGGCUUGCCCUCCUCCUCCCCUCCCUCCUCACCACAGACCCCAAAAGGAUUCCUUCCACAGUUAUGCAGGCGAACCAUUCGCCAGACAUAACAAUCCUGUGGUGCACUUAGAAAGAGACCCGUUAAGCUGUGACUAUUCUGAGAAGCAGACUGCUGACAGGAGCACGACGUGUUCGGAGUCCUCGCACAACUCGACCUACGCGAAGGACGAGUCCCCAGGAGGCAGAGAAUCGCCCUAUUCCCAAAUGUUUCGCUCCGAAUCGAUUCCAGAAAUUGAGAGAAAGUCCUCCUCCAGCACGACAUACUCGGAAGAUGACUAUAAUUCCCCCUUUGUAUCUCCAAGUAGACUCAGCAGUGGUACUAUCAUUGAACACAUCUGCUUGGUUGAUGACCCAGAUCCUGCGACGGUGGAACUGUUUUCCAGAGGAAUGAAACGAACCAAAUCGCGUCUCGACACAAUUCUUCCAGCUCUCUGGAAGGAGGAGAAUGCAGAGAUGCAUCGCGAGCGAGUUGCAGCUGCUAAGAAGUCACCAAUACACCUGUUCCUGACAGAAAUCUCCAACGAACCUUUGGACUCCAACGUGGGGGAAACCUCAUGGGGCAGGGAUAACGACAAGGACCGUGGAUUUAAAGGGAUGCGGCGCUCCCAGUCUCUCCUCACCGAACUCAACUCUGCGACAGAAGCGUGGGCUUCUGAUAAGGUCACGGUAAAUGACGGUAUUAAAAAGAAGGAUUUGUUCCUCACCGAGAUAGACACUGCAAUGUCCGAUUGUGAAGACGUAUACGAUGGCGAUGGGGGCAUCCCGGUAUCCCGCUUUGGGACCACACCCUUCCCCUAUGCACGUCCAGAAGACUUGUCCACAUAUGCUGAAGCAGAAGAUGCUUUUACACAAGGAAUGAAGAGAUCUCAAUCUCUCCUGUCGGAGAUAAACACUGGGAACAUGGAGUCAGAGAAAGAAGAAAUGACCAGAGAGGAGUUUCUGAAAGAGAUCCAAUCAGCUGAGACGUUUCUCACCGAGAUAAUAACAAGACAGAGCAAAGAGGAAGAAAGUCCAUCACCUGAAGCAAUAUCGCCCGAAUACGAGUCCGUAUGCAUUGACCCAACGUCUUCGCAAACAAUAAAAUUUGAAUCGUUAGCUACGCCUUUAAGUGACACCAAAGAGGCAAUUUAUGCGCAAGUUACCAAGCGAGCUAAAAGAAGUGAAAUAAAAGUCGCAGUGCGUCCAGAAAUGCCUGUUCUGCAAAUAGCAUCAGAACUACAAAGCCUCAAAAAAGAGCCAAAUUUAUCCGCCGAUGCUCAAACAGCCGAACAAGAAUCAGAUUCAGUGUCCCAAAGUCCUGCCGAGUUUGCUCCUUCAGGCGUUCUACCUAAAACGGGGCUUUUACUGGACCAGACAUCUCCUGUGCUGACAGAGAGCGCAGAUGCCGAAGUGAUGGACAGUGAAAAGGAAGAACCUCUCCAUAAUGUUGGCGUAGAACUACAGAGACAGUCGGGAGUUCAGCGUUUGUCACGGGAUAUCACAGGUAAGGACAUCACAGAAGUUAGCACUAAGAGUAUGUUGAGUGAUAAAACUGGUCAGAUUGCUGAGGGAAUCCAUGCAACAGAAGCAAGAGACGGUUCCUUUGAAAGUUCAGAACAAGUCCUUGGUGUAAAAGAGUCCUUCUUUGUCGAUAUUACUGAUCCUGCCCAUUUAUCAGAUACCACCGUGUCAACAAAUGAACAAGAUUGUGGCCAAGUUAUUCAAAACUGUAAACGCCAAGACUUCCCUCCGGUCUCCCAAACGGAGACAUCGCUUACCUCGAGCGAGCAAGCUACUUGGACGAACACAGAUUGCAGUAUAAGCACCAGAUGUGGUGCUAAAGAAGAAGAAGCCCUAAAAGAGGGCAUCAGAACCACUGAUUCGAUGUUUUCUCUUGGUGAAGAAAUCACAGAUGUGUUACCACUGUCCUUGGCGAGGGAACCAAACUCUGAACAAUCCCUGUCUACUAUUACACCCACAGACUCAACAAUGUCCCCUCUUACCUCUAGCUCCAUGGACUGCCUCACCCCUGGAGACCCAUGGGUUAGUGGCGGAGGCACUGGAUGGAGGCUCUUGGGUAAUGAAACCCCCUAUCGAGAUUCUGCCUACUUUUCAGACAGUGACUGGGAUGGUGGGGAAGGUUUGCCCAGAAGAAGUUCUGACGGACUGGGUUCUUCUCGUCCAGGCAGCGGUCGAGCGGGCGAGAGAGGAACGCUGAUGGGAAUUGAGGAAAAGACUGAGGCGGAGGACGACGUUCAGGAUGGCAAAGUGAUUAAAAUAUCACACAACGCCAUAACGGAUUCCGUGAAAAGCAUUUCUGAAACGAGUCCUAAACAUGGUAGUUAUGGGACCUUGCUUUCAGGGUUUGAGACUUCUGAGGUCUCACAAACUGAAAACAAUAGUAUCGACAAGCUGUUUUGUGCUCUUCAGGAUCCACCACUAAAAGUGUUUCGAUGCACCGAUUCCUCCACGUUUACUUCUGAGAUAUCUUCGCUCACUGAUUUCAGUGAAGAAAAAGAGGUUCACAACAUGGAAUUGCUCUUCAAAACAAUAGUACAACCUGGAGAAAAUAUCCAAAAGCCAAAUGUUGUGGAGGAGCUUCUUGAAACUCAGGCUUAUUUGAAAACAAAUGCAUAUGAAUUGAUGUACACUUCAAAAGGUGAAGAAAUUCUGAUGGAAGCACUUCGGUCAGGAAAGCGUAUGUUGGAUCUACAAGACAGUGAUGCCAAUGAAUUGGGCUUGAGAAACCUUACUUUUACAGAAGAAACGGAAGAGCAAACAAAGGCACCGUCAGAAGCUGAAAGUCAGUUAACCGAUGCUGAGCUCUGCUUCACAAGAAAGAAAUCUCCGAAUACGGAACGGGAGCAGGAAGACUUCAGAGAUCUUUGUCAAAAGGAAUGUUUCGACGACUUUGGGGAGGAUGCCUCAAAGGAACUGAAUGUGAAAGCAGAGGAAUUAUGGAAGGCCUUCGAAGAGCCUGGUUCCACAAACGGAUCUCUGAAGGAAGCAGUUAUUUAUCAGAGACUCCAGCAAGAUGAUCAUCAGAUCUGGACAGCAGAAAAUGACCAGUGGGCAUUAGCUGAAAAUGACCAGUGGGCAUCGCCUGAAAAGAACACGUGGGUAUCCACUGAAAAUGACAAGGGGUCGCCUGAUGAAAAUAACCACUGGAAAUCAAGUAACAAUGACCAGUGGCAGUCAGCUGAUAACGACCAGUGGGCAUCGACUGAAAACAACCAGUGGGCGUUGGCUGAAAACGGCCAGUCGGUAUCGGCCAAGACAUCUGAAAAACAACUCCUGUCAGAAUUCUUUCCAGGUUUAGGACAAAACAAGUGCACAGAGGAUGAGGUAUUUGGCACGAGCCAGGAAUUCUGGGAAACAGAAAAUGAUGAACUGGCAGAGAGUGAACCUCGUCCCACCACUCUGGACACGCGUGACAGUACUUGGACUGACGAAACGCAAACUCGUCAUGAACAUCAACCCAUGUUUUCCACUUGGGUCGCAGAAGCUCUCGAAACUCGGCAAAGGACGGACAUUCACCAGGAAGAAAACCGUGAGAAUCCUGAUGUGGAAAACAUGAAACCAGAACACGACGUGAACUUCAAAGUGGAAGCGGAUAAUCUGGAGAACCCAGAGCGAGAGGUUCUCGCUCACUGUAACGGUGUCGGAAGGAGAAGUUCCACUGAUUGCAAGGUGUACAUCCAAAAUGAGGCAGAAGAUGAAUUUCCAGGAGGUGAAGGAAACCAGGUCUUUAGCAGACGACAUAACCUCCUCGACGUGAAGAGCGAGGCUGGAGAAACAGAACACCGUUUUGCUGAAUCGGGAAGGUUGGAAGCCACGAAGAUACAGACGGAGUCUCAUACCAAUCACAAUAAUAACUGGAUCACAGCAACAUCUGAAACUGAUGAGGUCCACGCUACAAAGAAUAUCUUUGUGAAACCUCACUUAACUUCAGCACGUCAAGAAGCACACUUUAGCCAGGAUGUUGAAAGUAAUCGCUACCAAACAUCAAACAGAGAGACGGACGAGGAUAUUUGUCUUGAAAAAGAAAGAUCGGGUUCUCCGUCUUGUCCCAUUCUCACCAUGAACGCAGAAGCCGAACCUUGCGCAAUCCACAGCAGCAACGUUCAGUGCUGCUCUCCCGCCUUAAUGUCUAUGGAUAUCUCGGAAUGCGACGCUUCCCAGCACGCAGAAGUGAGUGAGUGCCAAGGCCCAAACAAUUUCCCAAACACGGUACACCAUAUAGAGAUCAAGUCUGGUCCUGCUGAUCGACCCUGGAUGGAUGUCACAGAUCAUGAAAGUCUACUGGUCUUUUCUAACGAUACCGAUUCCACAGCUGAAUGCUCGACCAGCACCCACAGCAAAGGAAUUACUGCAAAUUUGGGACAAAAACCGUCACCGAUCGCGGAAAAUCAGACCCGCCUGGUGUCCGAUUGCAUAAACGAGGACGACGUGAGGAAUAGCAAGUCUCGCUCCGUGAUCUCUCAGAGCUCCUUGAACUCCAUCCCAGAAUUGCUCAUCUCCGAGUGGAAGGAUCUGGAUGAGGAACCUCUGGAGGAUUUCGAAAAGCUGGAGAAAUUGUGCUGCAUUUCCGGAGACGAAGAUAUUCUAGGAGACCUUUUGCUCGGAAACUUGGACCUACUCGAAUCCUUGAAGAAGAAUCGUCAGUCUUUGCCGAGCACCGAGGACGACCAAGAGAACUCUGGGAUUUCAGACGGCAAGACGAGAGUCGAGCUGAGCGAGGAGGUUCACAGAAUUUCGGACAUUGCCGUGGAUGAAUUGGAAGAAAAUGAGCUUUUAUUGGAAAAGAAGGAGGGAGCAAACAUCUCGCCUGCACUUUCUCCAUGCCACUUAAGCGAAAGCGCCAAAGGCCAGCGACUGCUGUCGCAAAUGCCAGCUGAAAAUGGGCUCAUGAUGCAGAUUUGUGAAGAAAAACUGCAGUACUCCCUCAGUGAGAACGUUCAAACCAACGUGCUUUGGGGAUCAACCAUGACCGACAGCGUCAUUCUGCACCCUUGGGCAGAAACCGGUGCCGGCGCUGCCACCGACACUGCCAACGAAGAAGCAUCAAUGGGAACCGAGAGUAAAGAUGAAGCAGUCCCAUCGAGCCCAGUUUUACCUCAACAGAAGGAUGCUGCAGUGGAAAGGGGGCCACAGAAAAUGGUGGAGAAGGCUGAAGUCGCACCUGAUCCACCUGCCGCUAACCAAGCUAUGAAAGGAUUCUGGGAAGGAGGGGAAAACAGAAUUGGUCGGAGGAGGGGCUUCUCAACAGGAAGCGAUCCUGAAGAGGACGAGGAAGACGAAGAGCACGAGGACGAGGCCUCUCGGAAGGUCAUCGUCGUCACUGAGACCGACGUUCACAAGCGAGUCGGGCUGCGGAGUUUGCUGAAAUCGCCGAAGGAACCCGUCGAGAAAGAAAACCGCGACCAUGGGAGGAACGUGUCCUUUUUUGAUGAUGUCACUGUCUAUCUGUUUGAUCAGGAAAUGCCAACCAACGAGCUGAGUUCCAGCUCAGCCCCGACAAGUCCGUCUCCUCUUGGAAAGCCCGCCCACUUUGAUGGACACGCAGGAGCGAGUGGGCACAAAGCCAGCAAGAACAAAGAGCACGCAAAGUCGAAAUCAGCACUGAGCUCAUCAGCAACGUCAGCAUCAUCGCGCUUCACCGUCAGUCCCGCUGAUGACCCGCAUUUAGUCUGACACGCUUUGAUGCACACAAUGCGCGCACACACACACACACACACACACACGCACGCACACCCCAAGGAAAUAUGUAGCGCUCUGGAGUGACGCUCGUCACCCGGAGGUUAUUUUUUUAAACUCGGACUCCUGUUUUUUUUCGAGGUUGGAAGAAAAAGAAAAAAAAAAUCAUAAACUUGUGUUGAAUCUGAAACACGGUUCGCGGCUAUGCAAUAGGAGUCUCGUUACGGUUGUACCAGCUUCACUGCUCUAUUUUCAUGGCUUCUUAAAGUACGUUUGUAUUCUGUAUUCAGAAAGGGAAGCACUUUCUUCGACCAGUACCUGUCUGUCUGUGAGCUUAAAUAGAAGCGUUAGGCAUGUGUUGACGUCACGGGUUACGAUAUUAUCGCGGUAUUGAGAGACAACUGCUCGCGAACGGUAAGUUGGUAGCGGAAAUAACGUUUGAAUUCACAGAGAAGUGACGAAGGAGUGUUUUCCGCACUGCGAAACAUAAUCGAGCCGUAUUAAAAAUGCGAUUUAACACCUUAACUAUUUCUGUAUCAGGACAUCAGAUCGAUAUUAACCAUCCCAGCUGAGUCGCGACCGGCUCUCGUGAUCUCUCCUCCAGAAUUAGCGCGUGACCAUUUUGCAAGCCUCCAUGACAACGGCAUUAACCAUCACGAUGUAUCGUCGACCUGAUUAUCGGCACAUGCCUAACAGUAAAUGUAAAUUUGUUCUCGUUGCAGUUGAGGCGGACCCAAAGCCUCUGUAUCUAACAGUGCAGUGCUCUUUUAGUCUUUGUACAAAUGAAUAGUGACAUUACGACGGUGUACACACUCAUUUUUAGGAUUUAUUUCACUUUUCUUCUUAGAUUGCACGCAAGAAAGAAAAAAAAAUACUGCUUCCAACUGUUGAAGUUAUGUUUUCUACAGUGUUUUUAAUUGCAAAAUGUUUAUUUAUUUAUUCAUUCAUUCAUUCAUUCAUUUUCUAUUCCGCUUAUCCGUUGCGGGUGAGUCGGAGCAAAUCCCAGCUGACCUUGGGCGAGAGGAGGGGGUUCACCCUGGACAGGUCGCCAGUCCAUCGCAGGGCAAACACCGAGAGAUGGACAUGUAUUCACACUCUCACACUCUCAUUCACACCUCUGGGCAAUUUAGAGUAGCCAGUUGACCAAAUCUACGUCUUGGGACUGUCGGAGGAAACCAGAGAACCCUGAGGAAACCCACACAGGCACGAAGAGAACAUGCAAACUCCACACAGAAAGGCAUCAGUUGAUCAGCAGGUUCGAACCCUGAACCUGCUUGCGAUGAGGUGACAAUGCUGACCACUGCACCACCAUGCCGCCCUGAUUGUUUGGUUUGUUUGUUUAUCCUUUAAAAAAAAAUAUUGCACAUUUACUUUGUCUUGGAUGUUGUACGUUAUUUUAAUCAGGUGCUACAUGCGUCAAAAGCCAGAUCAUUCCGCCUCCAUAAGCUUUGCAACAUUUUCUAUGAUUUACCUACUUAUUUACUUAGAUGUUAGUCUGUAUCGAUUCGUCACUCUAGCGUGUCUAUUCGUAAACGUUAUUUUGAGGUGUUCGACACAUUUCUUUACAUUACUUACAUUUAAAAGCAAUUUAAAAAAAAAAAAAAAAGAAACCAUCAAAAAGCACGGCUGUUAGUUAGCGACACGCUGAUUCAUAUUUAAUUUGAUUAAUCGGUGUCAGAGGUAAAACCAGCUCGUUUGUAAAAGUGAAUUUCAUUGCGAGGUUUCUUAAGGAUUAUUCUGGGGAAGGAAAAAAAAGGAAACUGUGAAACAUUUAACAAACUGUUUGAUGAAAAUAAAUUGUAUUGGCUUAUAAAA